GCAUAGGCAUGGAUCCAGUAAGUAUUUCUUUGAGAAAGCCGGUGGGAGGGGUGGUGGGUCAGAAGUUCCAGAGUUAAGAUUCCAGUGUUGAGUCUAUACCUCAUCUAGAACAAAUACUGAGGCUGAUUGGUCGAUGGAAUUUUUCGUCUCGGUUCCGCCAUGUUUGUUAUGAAUAUUUAAAAUUACGUUUUAUUCUUUGCGUUGCCUGUAGCAACCUGAGCACGGUAUUAUGGCGCUCGUAAACUAUUCAUCCACACGUUAUGAUUAGCCACUUCUGGCGUACACCACAUCUGAAAAACCAUUGAUGCCAUGGCGAUAAGAGUGGAAUUGGAUCAACUGCUGAAUCUUUCCUUGGGCACUCCCGAACUCGGAGCAGUAAACUUCAACAUUCUUCAUGGAGUAAUACGAGAGAUUCUCAAUCAUUUAGGUAUUGAAAAGAAGGCAAAAGAUAUCGUAGAUAAUGGGCAUUUUAAAGCGGCAUUUGCACUGCUUAAAACCAGUCAAGAAAGUUUUCAAAGUGGAGAAAAAGGCGAAGAUGUCGAAUGCUCUACUGGAGAGAGAGGAAAUACCGAUAAAACACCUUUCCCCGUUGCUGUAUCAUCUCUACCAUUUCAGAAUAAUUUGGAGUCUAAAGUAGCAAGUAUCGAAAAAAGGUUGGACGUAUUGGACGAUUUGCCAAGUGACGCCGAAAUUCUUCAACGUGCUAAGCAAAAGAAGGAAGGUAGAACGCCCGUCGGUGAUAUGUGGCAGUUUAUAAACAUAAACAGAAGACUCGGUGCCACCGAAACUGGCAUUGAAAAGGUGAGUAGCAUUAUUGACUUACAGCUUGGGCUUUGAACUGUGAAAUCUGUCAGUAAUUAAGGGUUUCCGAACUACUGUUAAGUGUUUUGUUAUUCCACAAAUCAAUUUUAUUACUCCUAAUAUAAUCACGCGAACUCCUUGAAGUGAACUUUUUCUAAGUCGGAUGGGUGUACUAAAGAUGUAGCGUAGUCACCUGAUCAAGUUAGAAAUGAUUUGUUUACAUAACCAUUCGUACACAUAGAAUCAUUUAUAAUUGAUAAUGCAAACUUUACGGGGGUUAAUAAUUAAGCAAAAUCGUACAGUCUUUGCAAGUGAAAUUAAGGAAAAUGUUUCUUCUGAUCGAUCUUAAUAUGAAAAUACGAAACGAUCAUUAACCAUACUUUUGGGUCGUCGUGUUUUAUGCUAUCAGUGCAGGGUAACCACCUCGGAGAAAGGAAAUUGAAAUGCAUUUGUAUGUAAUGUUAACAUAAUGGAAAGUCUGAAACUUCUUAGAAUUAAUACGUAGUUUUUUAAAGUGAUACAGUUGUUUUUCAUUUGUCAUCACAAAAUGUAUUCAGUCAAGUGGAGUGGUUAAUUGAGGUUUGUUACUUUAGCAAGGGUUUAAGAGAGAGUUUUAUAUUGAACUUUUUAUUUACAAAACUGAAAAGUAUUAAUUCUUAUCAAACAUUUGGUCCUAUCUGCUUCUCAUUAUAUCAAAGCUUCUAUUAUUAUUCAUGUUGUUAUUGAAAUAUUAUCUAUUGUUUAUAAUUUUAGCUGUGGUUUUCAAUCAGGUGAAUGUGAAAAAAUAUGAAUCAUGGGCAAUUAAGUCUAUAAAAAUAGUGAGCAGUUUUCAGUUCUAUGUUAUUAGAACAGAAUUAGUGAGAUUAUUGUCAAUGACAUCAAUAACAAGGAUUGACUGAAAAGAUGAAUGGACUGCAUUAUAGUAAUUCAGUGGCCCUUUGAAAUUCCAAAGUAUUAAGGAGUGUUGGAAGGAAACCAAAACAAAGGUGACAAGAUAUAAACAUAGUAUGUCUAAGUUUUCAUUUCAUGUUAACCAGUUUUUAGGAUUCACAGGGAAGGAACACUAAUAAACACUGAAAAGUUGAUUUAGUUUUCUUUUUUAUGUCUUGAGUAAAAAUUGUUGUACUGUUUCAUGAACUGUGGAACACAGUCAAGCUAAUUUUUUCAAAAGGGUGUUCUUUUUUUCUUUAAAUUACCCUCAUAAUAACCUUUCCACACUGAUGACCUCUCCUUCGUGAUAAAAAAAAUAAGAUCUUAUAUUUUUUACAUCCUUAAACCCAUCCAUUAUUGGAAAGUUCUAUGGCUGUAACACAAAUUCUCAGGCUAAACUUUUUACUCUGGGGUAUAUUUUCUAUUCAUGGUGCCAUUAUGUAAUAUGUUCUUUUGAUACUUUGCUUUACUCACUUAUUAACACCCUUUCUUAUGUAAACACUAACUGUUAUUAAUUGAUUAUAUUCUAUUAUGUUGAAGCUUUUAUUUAUUUAUUUUUAUCAUAAACUGCAACUAAUCAUAGACACAACCUGAACAAAUAGACAUUUCUUUGAUAGCUUACCAGCCUUCUAGACACUAUGAUGAAAGAAGUGAGUGAAGUCAAGGAAACUGCAGCAGAAAUUGAUGAUUUAAAGAACAAGUUAGCAGAGGUAUGAUUGGAUUUUUUUGUUUAACAGUAAUGUUUUAAUUGACACAAUGUUACUCUAAUUGGAACCUUGAAUGUAUGAUAAUUAUUUCAAACUCAGCAAUAGAGAGGCUUGACUUGAGUACCUGAGAGUCCCCUAAAUGGCUGUAUAUUGGAAUAUACAAUGACUGCCUUGUUUUCAGUUAGUUUUCCCUGACAUUGACUCUGAAUUGAAUAACUGUACUGGCUCAGGUUGUUUUUUGAAACUAAUGAGGCCAGCUAUGUAUUACAUUCCAGAUGUGAGUAUUUUUUAUACACUUCUUUAUGUACAAAUUAAGGCUUCACCAUUAAAUAUGCACUGUGUAUAUGUUGUAGUUGAAAUUGAUUCCAGAUUACUCGUAGUAUGAUUUUGAGCCGGUAAAUUAUUUGAUGAUGGUGAUUUAACUAGAACAAAGGAAAAACAAAAAAACUGCAGGUAGUGUGAAAUGAUUUUGACUUGAAAAUCAGCUAUUCAAACCACAACAUGUACAUGUAUGCUGUUCAAUUUUGGUAUUUAAUGCUUGCAAUUUAAAAAUGGAGGUAAAAUGUAAGUUGGCUCUCCUUUAGUAAGUUAAUUUGUCAUGUGAGCUAAAACGUACAAUCAUGUAACUUGUUUCUUUAAAAUUUGUUUUUGUUUUUGUUGCAUUAAAUGUGGAAUCAUUUUUCUAUCUGUUAAGUAAAUUGCCUUUGGAUUCAGCUAAUCAAGCACUCAUUUACCCAAUUGGUUUCUCAUCAGAAAGCUAACAAACCCUUAUUUGUGACAUUUUUUUUGGCCAUUUUUGAGUGUAGUUGGAGAAACUGAAUUCAAGUUUAAGUGAAAGAAUUUCAGCAUUGGAGAGUGUAGGUAAGGAAAAUAUUCACCAGAUGUUUUUCAUGUUCCUUAGUCUUUCUGACUGUUAACUUUUAUCCUUUUAUGACAAUUAAACACACAGAUGUUAUUAUUCUACUUCGAUAGAAGGUCAUCAGAAAUUUUAAAUUUAAUGAUUCAUGUUUUGUUUCUUACUGCAUUUUGCAGACAACUCUGAAGAAAGAAAGAAAAUGGAAGAUUUGCUGAAGGAGAUGGUAAGGAAACCCAUAGUUAAGAAUGAUCACCCUGUUUCAUAGCAGGACAGUUUUGGGACAAUUAACAGUCCACUUAUCUUACAUUAUUCUCUGUACUUGGUACAAACCAUUAUCAAAAGAAAGUUAAAAUCAAGUAAAUUAAAUAUACUACAUGUAAGUGCAUGUACCUAAUCUUCAUGUGCUUAAAUGCAAUGGGAUAACCUAAGUAUUUUAGCUACUGUCAAACUUUGAUUAUCUGAACUUGUGGGGACUCAGGGCUGAAUAGUCUCGGUAAUCAAGAGUCUGAAUAAUAGUUUGUUUUAAAGUUGCGUGCUUGGUUGCUAAACCUUUGAACAGGAGUGAGACUAGGGUUGACCCUGCUAUGAUACAAACCUUGCUGCUUUUCAAAUGCAAAUUAUGUUGUUAUCAUGGUAACUAGAUACUGGUCUCUAUCACAACAUGGUCACCUUCAGCCUCACUCCAACUCAAAGACGUUGCAACUAAGUACACAACUGUGAAAUGGCAUAUUGAAACUAUGUAUAUUAGUGAGCCAACAAUAAAACUGAAUACAAAUCAUUCAAUCAAUGUCACAUAACAAUUAAGGAAUGGUCUCAAAUUGUCAUGCAUCAUUGUCAAAAUUUUCCCAAAGCAUUUACAAAAUUAAUAUGUUUUAUGACAAUGUUUCUCAACUUAAAAUGCUGAUGUAGAUGAGUUUGUUUCAAGCUGCUACAGCAUGUGCUGGUAGCUAAUUCUAUCACUCUUUGCGAAAGCGGCAUUAAUAGAAUAGCAUCAACAAUGUUUCAGUACACCCACUUUGUUAGACCUGUUUUUAGUUGUCUAUUUAUUCAUACAUUUAUGUACAUUUUAAAAAACUAUGUAUGGAGUGAACUUAAAUUCUAUUUUUAGAGGUUACCCAAAGGAAAUUAUUAAUUUGGUUGUUGUAAUUUGGACUCAUUCCCUUUCUAUGCAGUGUACCCUUGCAAUGCAAUAGUGUAAAUACAGUGCUUUAACAUAUAUUACCUACCAUAUUUGUUCAUGAAAACAUUUGGCUUUCAGGAACACCUGAAGAAACAAGUAGAUGGACUUCCCACUAUGGAUGAUCUCAACAAUCUGGAUAUUUAUGUCAAAUGGCCACAGCUUGAAGAAGCCUUAAAUGCAAGGAGGAGUCGCACUCCAUCUGCAAAGUCCAGAGUUUCAACCCCUAAACCAAGAACCCCCACUCCACCACCACCAAGAACGCCCAGUCCUCCUCACCCUUCCCCUGAGGCACUGGAAGCAUUAAGGCAAAUAGGGGAGCUAAUGGAUAAACAUGAAGUUCUUAUUGAACAAGUGGAUGUUCUAGAGGUAUAGUAGAAAAUGUUCUUUUAUGAAGAUUUUAUACAGUCAUACACUGUACAUGUCGCAUAUGUUAGUUAGACAGGUGUAACAUCCUGAUUAAAAUUAUUUUAAUUGAUUUUUACACUUGAUAAUUUAUUUGUUAUCUUAAGAUGUACAAUGUCAUUAUUUAUUAUUACACCUGUGUGCGAUAAACAAGGGUUUUAAUAACUUUUCCAUAAGGCAAUCUAUGUUGUAAUAGUACCUGGUGUUUAUUGAACCCCCCUGAAGAAAUUUUCAUCCAUUUGGUGGUCAGGCUCUCCGUUAACCUGUUGAAAAAGUGUGAGGAACCAAUUUAUCUUUUCAGCAUUAGAUUUCAUGUGUAGUGUCACCUGACUUUUGAUGUUAACAAACCACAAAAGUUCAGACAUUGAGUCAAUCACCCACUACCUUGAAUUUGAGCUUCAGCAUUUUGUCUUAAAUAAUUUCCCACAGUUGGGAAGCAUUUCUAAACUAUAAAAUUGACUUCUUUGAUUUAUCAUAUGUUUGAUUAUUUAUCAACCUAGUUCUUAUUUUGCUACCACUAAAGUAGAUGUAAAUGCCCUCAAAAUACCUGAUCAGAUACAUCACUUUAUGCAUGCAUAUGGUGAUGUACUGUAUCUGAACUAGUUUGAUUAUUCCAUGCCAGAAAGAAUUCAACAUGUUCAGCAAAUUGUUUAGACCUGUUGAGUGAAUCAGUUGUCACCUCAAAAAUGAAAACAAUAUAAAGUGACUAUGAAAGACAUAUGGUAAAACCUCUUUAAGUGUCCAUUUAUGAUACAGGUUUUGGUUCACAAAAGUGCCAAAUUUUUGUAACGGCUGAAUUAAGGUUCAUUUUACAAUGAGUACAUUGUAUCUGGAGGAAUGACAUUGGGACUGUCUUUGGUGUCCUUUUGGUAAAGGUAUCUACUUACUAGGUAGAUAUAGUAGACAGUGCUGUGCUUGACACAUGUUUUGCUACAUACAUAUAACCAAAAUAAACUUAAACAUGCAUGUGUCUUUGCAGUCAUUUUGUUAAUUUGUAAAACUUCUUUGUAGGAACAAAUGCCUAAAAAGGCUAACCUUGAGGAUUUGGAUGAACUGAGAAAAAGACCUGGUAAGAUUGGCCAGCAAUCUCUGAUAGCCAGCAGGAUACAUGUACAGCAUCAGAUAGAUUACAUGUAAAAGCAACCCAAGAACAAAUCAAAGAGCUACUAUCUGUUUUGUACAUUUUACAAAAUUUAGCUACAUGGUGUGAUUAUUUUUCUAAUACAAUCUUUGUUUGUGUUUGGUAUAUCCUUGCUGUUGGUAAUUGUGUACCCUGACAAACUAUUUUUAAAGGGAUAGUUUGCUCCUAAGACCAUGUAAUUUUUAUCUCAACCAUUAAGAAGUGUGUAUAAAACAUUACAACUUAUUGUGAUUUGAGAUUCCACCAGGUAACCCAACCAUCUAAAAUAUGUAUUCAAAUAUGUCCUUAAUUUUUUCAUGAUAAUUGUUGUCAUUCUGAGAACAACUUAGCAACCUGCAAAACCACAUGGCCAUGUUGCCAGAUGAGAUGUGAUAUGGUGGUGUAUGUAAAGUUUAAGUUAAUUUUUUUCCAAUUUGAUGACAAUAGUAGAAAUGCUAAGUUAUUCUUAGGAGGCAUAGAAAAAUUAGACAUGGUUUGAUGCUACUCUGGUUUAAAGAUUUAAUGAAUGUCAUUGAGAAGUUACAACUCAUAGAUCCAACUCCAACCCACUCCUUUCUAGUGCCUUUAUCAGGUGUGAUCUAAUUGCUGCAACAAGAGGUCCUUUUAUAUUGCUCACUAAUUUGCUGCCUUUUUUCCUGACGAUGUGUAAAUAGGUGUCAGGUAGUGAGCUUCCAUCAUCAUGAUUUAAAGUAGUUUGGAGGGAGUUGAUAUGCUAGGCUUCCAAACAAAGGCACUGGUGGUUAUGUCAAUUAGUGGUGAUAAUUUUAGACUUAUCCCAUGCAAUUGUAUGGUUAGUUAGGCAUGUGUGCUGCAACGAAACUGAAUUUUCUUUUUUGCAAAAGAAGACCGCUUUUUGAUGCUCUUUCAAAUGUGUACCAAACCGAUGUUUGGUCAGUCUGAUAUACUUGUGAUCACAGUCAUUGCAUGGAAUAGAAUAAACAGUGUUGGUCCAUUGUUCUUUUGUGACAGGACCCUUAGCGUUAGCAAAAAUAUGCCCUACAGUCUGAAAAGGUUUUUGAGCAACUUUAACGUUGUGGCUAUUCAAAAUUCUCUUGAUGGGUUCUGUAACACCCCAAAUGUAAGGAAUAACAGCAAAACCAGUAGUGUUACUGGUUUCUGGCCGUUAUGGAAAAAAGUUUUGGUAUAGCCCUUUACCUAUAGGAUAUCCAAAACUUAUAUUUCCAUCUGGUUGCCUUAGGAACUUUAAUAUAUCUAAUGAAGGAAAGUUUUAUCUGGAUUACACCACAUACUUUUGUUUAGGGGAAGUAUUCAACUUUGAAUUACCCCUAAAAACAAUUAUAAAGAUUUUAACAUAGCUGCUUUUGACACCCAUUAGUUCGAUCAGGUAAUGUUUGUUUUUCUCCUUAACCCUAGAUGUUCCAGAUGAUAUUAUGGAUCAACUGAAGCUGUUGAAAGAUGGACUUGAUGCUAUAAAUAAAUGGAAAGAGGAGGUAAAUUUGCCUGUAGUUUGACCAAGGGCUGGGUAAAUUAUUGAAUGCUGGAAAUCCAAUGCAUUGAGAAGCUUUUACUUGAAGGGAAGAUAAGAUUUCCCUUGAAGGUCAUUUCCUUUAACUUUGUGGCUGUUGCAGCAGUUGUUGAUGUUUUCUUUUUUGUGUGUGUGUUAUUGUUGUACUCUGUUUUCCAUUGUAAACGUCAACAUGAUCAUGAUAAAGGAGAUAAACUUAAACUUUAAACAGGAAUGUAAAACAAGGUCAACUAUGAGUUUCAGCUGAUCUGUUUUUUUUUUAAUUAAAAGUGAUACAGUGUAAACUGUAUUUUGAUAUAAUCAUAUAGCUAAUCAGUUUAAAUCAGGUAACUCUCUAUUGCCUAGGCAUAUUAUUGAAAAACAGUAUGUUUUUCAUCUUCCUGGUGUGGGCAUAAAUACAGCUUUUUCUCUGCCAAGUAUGGCAGUUUGUUAAUCAAACAACUGAGGUUUGACUUUUAUGUGUUUUCUUACCCAUUGAAACUGAUAAUUAUUUUAAGAAAACCAUUCCAGCUGACCUGGAAUCCCAAUUAGCAUCUCUGAGGGAAGGACUGUCAUUACUCAAUGAUAACAAGCAACAGGUGAAAUGAGAGGCUUCUAAUCUAAUAUCAACUGACUUCACUCUGUAAACAAAAUAAAUGAUUUAAUAUAAUUAUAAUGUUGUGACUUCAGGUGUUAACUCCUCAUAUGCUAAAUGUUGAAAUAAGUAUUUUACAUGAUUCAAUUGAUUUUAAUCUGGUAUACUACUAUAAAUGACACUGUUAACCUUAGAGACCAACCAAAAUUUGGUGAAAAGUGAAAAGUGAAAUAUGAUAGCAGUUGCUCGGAAAGUAUUGGUUCUAUCUUUGCAGCCAUAUAAAAUAUUUUUUGCCUAAAUUUCCAAGAAAAAGUUUUCAGAAUGUUUUGUGCCACUGUGCUGUAAACAUGGAAUCACAUUGUUUUAAAAUUACAAAACAGACUUGUAUUGACAUCUUAUAAAAUUUUACAAGAUUGAAAGCAUGAAAGAACAGCUCCAGAGUCUAAAGAAAGUGUCUGAUAUGCUGAGCUACCACAACGAAAAGGUAAUGAAGUAAAUUAGUGCUUAAUAGUAUCCAACAAACAAAUUUAAUACAAUGUACCAGUGAAUACUCUAUUUGAUAGUGGACACUUUCUUGGCAAAAUUUGGAAUCGAUCUCGCGUUGUCUCCCAGAUUAUUAAGAGGCAAAAAGAAGUCAAGUGGUGGUUAAAUUGCAAAUAGGUCAGCGGGCCAAUAAACCGAUUAAAGUGGGGUCUAUUCCUUCAAUAGUUGUGUUAUUAGAAUAUUUAAAUGACUUUUUUCACAUCCUCUGGUUUCUUUACUAAGAUAAAAGAGUUUAUCCUGAACAACGUGUACAGCAUUAUUAUGGUAUUAUAUGUCUGUGAAAUAACCAUGUUGUGUUGCCGAAUGUUUAAGCUUCAAAUGAUCCCUGAUGAUUUAUUGGACCAACUUAAUAAGCUUAAAUACUUGGAAAAGACAAUCACUCAAAUGAAAGAGUUUAACGAUCAGGUAAAUUGUUCUUUAUUUUAAUGUAAUGGAAGCCUGUCAUGAAUAAUUAUAACAUGAAACUUAAUAUCCUUCUCCUCUUUUGAAUUAAAUAUCUGAGAAGGAGGUCCUAGGUUUGUUAAUAAUGUAAGAGAUAAGAGUGUGAUCGUAAAGCCAUAAUGGUUUAAACAAUUCAAAGAUAACGACGAGAACUAGAAACUGAAGUGAUGUUUAGUGGCUUGUUGAAGCCUCCCCGUAAUAUUUACUUAUGUAAAAAACGUGAUAAACCUUAUCAAUUGUCUCUGAAAUUAAAAAUUGUAUAUGCCAUUCUUAAAAAAAGUUACCGUCAAGACUGCAACGUAUUGAAGAUCGUCUAAAAGAAGAUACCGAACGCGAAAUCAGAACUUUAAGAGAUGGUCUCCGCCUUCUUAACAACCAGUUAGAAAAGGUUGGUGUAGAAACAUCUUAAAACAUCCUCCUGAAAAACUCUUCGGUUAUUUAAAAACUGAUAUUUAAAGAAAUCUUGAAGAAAUGAUAGAUAUGAACCUUCGUACCUAAAGGAAUACAGCUAUUUAUCAGCCUCUAAUAUUUUGAAUUCAUUGACUUCACAAACCUUCGGAAAAGAUCAUGAUGCUCAUAUUCAAGAUAAGACACCUUGGAAUUUACUUGAAAUUUUCUCGUAUUUAGGCUCCUUGCUAAGUUGGGAUAAGGUAAACAAAUUAAAAACGCUAAUACUGAAAGGGUAAAUUCACAUAUUUUUGUAUUGGUAUAAAAUAAUUGAUAAGAUUUUUCGUAAGAUGUAGGACAGCAAAUUAAAAUCUGCAUUGAAUUUUGUUGUUAAAGUACAAGAAGAUGAGAGAAACAAUACCAAAUAGUGCGUCCUCUGGGAAAGGAAAGGUAACAGCUCUACCACACACAAACACAAACUAAAAUAAACAGUAGAAACUAAGUUUAAAGCGUUUAACAGCAAACACAGAAUAGCCAAUAAGUAAACUACCGUACAAUACGUGACAUUUAUUAAAGGAGAUAUGGUUUUCUUUUCAAUUUUUCUUACUUUAAAUUCGUAAUGAGUGUAAAGAUUAAGAGCAUAAAAUGUUUAGUCGUUAAAACGCACUAGUCUAUACACUUGCCAAACGAAGUAUUAUUGUGCAGCCGACCAUGGUUCCCCCAUUCCUCUCACUUAUUUUAUCCAUACGAACUCUGCUUAUUUGCCAAAAGGAUGUUCAUCUUGAGGUAAGGUCAGUUGCAUCUUGAGGUCAAUUCCGGCUUUGAAUGAGAUGUUGACGUCACUAACAACUCUAGCGUGCAGAGGUCCGGUUGUAAACGUUGACUGGUUUCUUUGUGUUGUUUUAUGGGGUAAGUUGUAGAUCCAUGUACUCUCUCAGUCAAGGAAUCUUGAGAAAAGGCUGGAGGUUAAAAUGCCAUGUACAGUUAUCCUAUGAAGAGGGAGCAGUAAUAAUUUAGUUGCGUAUUUCAGUUGUAUGGUCCACUUGGCUUGUCUGAUUCCUGCUUUUCUUAAUUUCUUUGUGUGUGUGUGCUUUGCAGGAUGGUGAUGCGCUCAGUGCUUUAAGGAGCAUGCUUACUGAACUACAAGGAGAACAGGAAAAACUAAACAGUACAACUAAAGAACUUAUAGAGGAACAUAACAGGAAACAGAAACAUAUUGACGUGAGUUGCAGCAACCCCAACGCCCUGAACUUAAGAAAAAAAAGGAACAUGUUUAGUUAUUUUAACAAACUUUUUAACCGGACUUGGAGUGUCUGAGGUUCAUCAGUGGAGUAUCAGUGGUAUCUCUCAACGCUUCUCUGUUUUACUUUCCUCUCCUUGUCAAGUUUAAACUCUAUUUACUGAUGUUUGUAUUUAACAGGCCUUGUACACGUAUGCUGACAGACUGCAAGAGGUCAAAGCUGACAAAGAACAGGUUGCAAUGGAAAUGGAUGUGGUAUGAAGACCCUUUCUCGUGAUAUCAGUUUGUUAAUUGUUUGUUGAAUUGUGUGGCAACAGGCGUCUCUUUCAGGGAGGUUUUACUUACCAGAGCGUGGAGCAGCAAGCCUAAAAAAUUACUUAACAUUAUUAUUCAGUUUUUUAACUUAUACAUGAUUUUCCAGCUAGCGUUCAGUUACCGUUGUUGAUGAAAAUAAGGAUGUUAUGUGUUACUAGAUAUUCAACUAAGGUUUUGAAUAUACUUUUACAGAAAGCUGAUAAACGUGCAUUGGAUAACUUGAUUAGUCGGAGCAAAUUUGACCAGAGUAUAGGUGGUUUGGAACAGUCAAUGCAGGAGCUUUUACAUCGAUUAGAUGGACAGGUGGGUUCUACAAGACACAAAUUUCUGUACCACCUAAGAUUCAACUUGUUCAUUGACUCGCCAUUUAUCCUUUCCAGUUCACUGCUUAUAAGUGAAAACCUAGAUAUAGUCUGGAAAUACCAUCAAACAAAUCUUUAAAAAAAUUUGAAACCUCGGGAUAUAGCAAUAUAUUAUUGGGGAACUUUGGAGUAUUUUCAUUACUGAGUGUCUUACAUUUUGUAGGAAUCAUCAUUAAGCGAUGCCUUAGCUCGACUUGCAGGCGACAUUGAUCAGAAACUUGAUAGAUUGGAGCUGGAUCCACUGAAGGAUUACUUCGGUAAGAAGUGACUUCCCCGUGCAGUCACAGAAUAUUUUACCUGCUCUCAACUGAAAUGUUUUAUUCCUCCUCUAUUUUCUUAGAAAAGAAGAUUAAAAACAUGAAGUGUAAACACGUUGACUUACCUUUAUCCGAUGAUCCAGCUGCUGGAUUCCGCAAGUAAGUUACUGUAGUUCAGAGUCCAUGGCAUAAUUUUUCACCAAAAUUCUAAGUCAACAAUUCUGAUAUCCUAUCCGUGUGCAUUAUUUGAUAUGUUCGGGUUGGUUUUACUCACGAUGACUUUGUUCUACAGGGCUUUGCUUAGAUUUCACUGUAUUUCCUGUGACAGACCUGUUGACAUGAUACCUGGCCAGUAAGUGACGGUUUGUUUUUUGUUAUUUGAAUUAUUUUCGUUAGUUAAUAAGAGUGAGAGGUAAAUCCGAAAAAAGUAAUAUGAAAUAGUCAGUUGGUUUGUAACACUUACCUGCACUUGAAAGUGACGAGGGUAUGUAGACAACGAGGGGCUAACCUUUCUAUGUUCGUCCCGCUGUUACCGGUUUUAUUUCUGACUAAAGCUGCUUUUACCUUUAGCCCCAAUCCAGCUCUUCCCCAGACUCCUGGUCUUCCUCCAUCCCGUUCAGGCCGCCCUUACACUACUUUUGAACUUGAUCAGAUACGUCAGAUGCAUCGAGGGUAAGUGCACAUAUCGGUGUGGUAAAUAAUGUUUGUCUUAGCGACACUGAGGAUAACAUGUGGUUGGAUGGAAGUGCAGUUGUUUCGUGAUUGCCACAGAAGGUGAACCUGCAGUUUUUCGUCGAAAAGGUGAAAAUUUCUAAGUGACCGUUUCCUUUAUUUUGAGGGAAGGAGACUGCAUAACUUGUAAAAACAACAGUGGCAAGUCUUCCAAUGUGGUUCGAUAAUUUGGCGGGUUUACUGGUUGACCAAGUGAAUCCAUUUGAAUGUAUGCGGUAUUUAUGGACUCAAAUUUGUGCAGAAUGACUGAUAUCCGUACUUUAUCCACAAUUGUAGCGAAUCUUUUAACGUAAACUUGAAAUCUGUCAUUCAACACCUUUGACUCGAUAGACAAAUUUAGACUCAUCUCAUUGCUUCAUCAUCAAAAUAGUUUUAACAAUCAACUUUUACAUUCUCGAAACCAGAACAUUGCUUUGUAUUUCAAUCAAAUAGUGUUAUACAUUGAAAUGAUACAAGACGACUGCUUCUUUUUUUAUCAGGCGAAUUGUAAUCCUAUGAUAGUUGGGGGCCUUGUCUUUUUAUUUAGGAGCCAUCUACUGAAUCAUAAGAGAGGGGGGGGAAGGUGUUGUAGCGCUGUUUGACUGCUCGAUCAUGUAGUUUUCUAGUCACUAAAAGACGUAACUUUAUUUAGCGAGGGUAGACACUUUACAGUCACAGACUGACAAACCCUUGGCCCCUCCCUGGAUUACAUGAAUUGGUAAAGUUAACAUAUAAUUAAAAACACCACAAGUCCAUUCCAAUCUAUCAUUUACUCCGUAAAUGCGUUCCAUUAACCAGCAAAGUAUUUAGUUGGUUUUGUAACUGUAACACCAAUAUUUGUACACAGUGGGUACACUUACGAGCAAGAAGUAGCCACAACAACAGCUCGAGCAUGUGGAGGAAGUCAUACAGUGACCUUUCCACACAGAAGGACGGCCAGAUUCAAGUGAGUUUCUUACGAGCUCCCUUCUGGUGCAUCUUGAAUUGUUUUUCAUGGAUUUGUAUUCAAAGUUUAUUUAUAUCAGUGUCCAUUUCGUCAGUUGUAUAUGUAAGCUGCUCAAAACAAAAUGGCGUGGGGUAGAAUAAAGUUGUGUCGGUUUAAGACAAAAGAAAACCGGUUUUUAAUUGUUAUUGCUUUCAGCCAAUACUAUUACUACAGGGAAGAUGACACACCAGUGCCAAUUCCUCCGAGGUAAGAGAAAUGCUUUUCAAAGAAGCAUAUUUAGAUCCAUCUUAAAGUGAUUAUUUCUGUUUAGUAUGUUGUGUUUGCAGUGCGAAUCAACAAGGUUGAACGUCUUCUUCAUUUUAAGGGAUGAAACAGAGCUGAUUGGUCAGGAUGGACAUAUCUACAAAGGACGUUUUGAUGGAAACAUGGUUGGAGUGGCUGAGUUGCCACCGGUUUGUGAAUUUUGUUGUCAUAAAAAGUUCUGUAGAAAAGGUUAACUGAUCAAUCAUUUUCUUUCUUCUGAUAAUCAAGCGAAAUAACCUAACGUGGUCAGAAAGGAUGAGUUUCUCUUUUCUCAUCUGCCAAUGAAUGAAACUUUUGUUGUCUCCAAUUUGGUGGUUAAUUGUACUUGAUCAAUAACAACACUCUCGACCCUGACUGCCACCAAUCAGCCCUUUAUUGUAGGUUAAUUGGCUCUUGCAAGACCAACUGUCCGAUUUGACUUGUUUUAGUUUGUUUUUUUUUCUGUCAUAAACAGCUUGUAAACGUGCUGGUCGAACAGCUCAACAGCUAAUAAAAACAACUAGGCUAAUGCCGCCAGCCAAUUAGAUUUAACCACCUGUCAGUGAUAAUGCAUAGAUACUAAGGAAACAUUUUGAGAAAGCCCUGUGCUCAGUACUUUUUCCUCUCAGCAGAACCCUAAGUCUCCAAGAGCCAUGUCGGCGAAAAGAGCUUCUAGUCCCCAGCCUCCUCGCAAUGGCAGUCCAAUUACUAGGCGUCCUCGGUCUGCUGCGGUGCCAACUUCACCAAGGAACCAAAAGGAGGAGGAGGUGGAGCCUGCGAGGGUUGUUGUACCGUGAAAACAAGAUGGAAACUCUAUGUUAUUAAUAUAAAUUGCGAUAUUUAAUUCAAAGACGGGACGGAGGAUUUGUACACAGAAACCAAGUCUUAGCCUGUCAACGUGAUCGGCUUUUUGAUUUUAUGAAAAUUUUGAUUAAGUCUUCAACAACAAAGAAAAACGAAAAGGUAUUCGACCAGCUGUAUGUAUUGUUAUAGAUCUAUUUAUAACAAAGUGAAUUACAUUGUGUAUUGCGGAACGGAUCUGUUCUCAGCUGAAAGAAUAGUGACGAGCGUUAAAGCAGUUCUUUUCCCUUUCAUCAAAAGACAUACGUAGUAGUUAAUAAGUUAUUUGUAUUGGGUAGUCAGUAUGAGAAGAUGCCGCAUGAACAAUAUUCGCACUCAAUCCAAACACAUGUGAUCAUUGUUUAAAUCUCAAUGAAGUUGCGUUUUCAAAUAUGAUGUAAAUAAAGAAGCACCGACU